UUUAUUCCAGAUUUUGUCUCAUAGUUGCUCUCGCUCAUUCAUUUUCAUUCAAUUUUAAAUAAAAAUUAAAUCUUGACAGACCCCAUUUUCCGUGUUUUCAGUUAUAGCUUCCAAAAAUCCAAAGCUUUCGACUAUCUAAAAUCUCUUUUUAUACGGAGUAAACAAUUUGGAAAAAUAUAUAAAAGGGAGAUUUCAUUUUCGGCUGAAUAGAUAUCUGCUAUCUAUUCUGUGGCUUUGAAGUUGCAGACCACUCAAGAAAAGUUGAACGUACGUGUAAAUAGGAUUGGUUGAUUUUGGCUUUCUGCAACUCAAGUGGGCGAUUUGGCUUUUUGUCCUUUUAUCUAUCGGAGCUGCUUUCUUUUUUUUGGUGAUAGAGCUGGGAUUUUUAGUGAUUUUGUUUUGUCGUCGGAGCAGCGAUUUGAUGCCGGUGAUUGAGGUUUCUGUCUUGUGGGAUUGCAUUAGAUUGGAAAUUGUUUACUGGGAUCACUGCAAGAUUUGAUUUUGGAGCAGUUGAGUGGAUAUGCUGGUUUUGAUUUGGAAGGAAUGGUAGAAUUUGAUUGGUGAUAUGUCAUCUGCAUCUCCCUCCCUAAAUUCACCUCCCCCUCCGCCCUCCUCUGCUCCUUCUCCACCAUCACUACCACCUCAGCCCAAUUUGCCUCCGUCAAGUCCUCCUCUUGCACCGCCACCUCAGCCGGAUUUACCUGCCCCCCCACUACCACCAUCCUCUCCUCCUUCUCCGCCCAAUGCUCCACCUCCUCCGGCAAAUGCACCUCCUCCAACUUCCUCUCCGCCUCCACCUGAUCCACCACCAACUAGUCCUAUUACGCCACCUCCCUCGACUAAUUCGCCCCCGCCCCCACCAGCACCUGUAAAUAGUUCCCCACCUCCACCAUCAACUUCACCACCGAGCAAUUCUCCUCCUACACGUCCGCCUCCUAAUACUUCGCCCCCACCAUCAUCACGUAACCCUCCUCCACCACGAUCAAAUAGACCUCCCCAAGAUUCACCACCGCCACCAGUCGUGCCACCCAGUAACCCUUCCCCUUCCCCAAUACCGCCUCAGUCUCCACCACGCCCAAAUUCUCCUCCAAGACCACCGCCACGGCCUUCAAUAGGAACAUCACCACCUCCACCUUCCAUGGCCUCACCAACUCCAUCUCUGAAUCCACCAGGUGAUACCAACUCCAAUGAUACUGCACCGAGAAAUUCUCAACCCUCAAGUGGUGGUGGCCUUGACACCGGCGCCAAAGUUGCAAUUGGCGUGGGUAGCCUAUUUCUUGUGAUACUUGGUCUUGGACUUGCAAUCUGGUGUUGCUGGAAGCGAACGAGAAGGGCUUACAUCAUGGCAACCUCAAAUUCUUCUCCACAAUCCGGUGAUGGAUUACAUAGAGUACAAGUAACGCCAAAUAAUGGAAGUGGUUCUGGAAAUCACUCUAUGCGUACACCACAUGAGCGUGGUUUGGGGAACUCAAGGUUGUUGUUCACCUACGAACAACUAGUUGAUGCCAGUAAUGGAUUUUCAGACCAGAAUCUCUUGGGGCAAGGUGGUUUUGGUUUUGUGUACAAAGGAACUCUCGCAGAUGGUAAAGUAGUAGCUAUUAAGCUAUUAAGGAUCGGUGGAGGGCAGGGGGAACGGGAAUUCACCUCCGAAGUUGAGAUAAUUAGCCGUAUACACCACCGUCAUUUGGUCUCACUUGUAGGUUAUUGCAUUUCUGGGGAGAGAAGAGUGCUUGUAUUAGAUUAUGUUCCUAACAAUACCCUCUACUUCCAUCUUCAUGCUGAAGGCCGGCCUGUCUUGGAAUGGGGUACACGUGUGAAGAUUGCUAUUGGGGCAGCUCGUGGGAUAGCUUACCUUCACGAAGACUGUCAACCUCGUAUUAUCCAUAGAGAUAUCAAGUCGUCAAAUAUCCUUCUGGACAUAAACUUUGAAGCUCAGGUUUCUGAUUUUGGACUAGCUAAAAUAGCUAUGGAUGCGAAUACACAUAUCAGUACACGUGUAAUGGGAACUUUUGGAUACAUGGCGCCUGAGUAUGCAUCCAGUGGCAAGUUGACUGAAAAAUCCGACGUGUUUUCCUUUGGAGUUGUGCUCUUAGAGUUGAUAACUGGACGAAAGCCUGUAGAUACAUCUCAGCCUUUAGGGGAUGAGAGCCUCGUUGAAUGGGCCCGACCAUUGUUAAGCCAAGCUAUCGAGACAAACGAAUUUGUGGGACUAGCAGAUCCAAGACUAGCAGAGAAUUUUGUUACUGAUGAGAUGGUCCUACUGAUUCAAGCUGCAGCAGCUUGUGUUCGCCAUUCAUCCAUGAACAGGCCAUCAAUGGGACAGGUUGUGAGGGCUUUCGACAGAAUGGUGACCCAAGAUUUGACAAACGGGGUGAGAGUCGGGGAAAGUGAAAUAAUCAACUCUGCUGAACAAUCUGAAGAGAUCAGGUUGUUUCAGAGGUGGGCAUUUGGAAGUAAAGAAGUUAGUAGUGAUUUCUUCAGUGGGAGCAGCGAGCGCAAUCCGCAAAGUGACCAGAGAGAUUGAUGGAAUUGAGUUGCAGUUUCCAAUCAAGAAUGAUUUUUUUUUAAGGAAAUGAAAAUAUGGCAAAUGAUGCCGGUUGAGAGGUAAUAGCUGCAUUGAGCUAUAACUGUGCAUUGCAACUUAGAUUUUUUUGAGAUCUUGUAGAUUCUGUGCAUUCUAUUUCUAGGGCGAAUUUUUCUUGUAUCUCUCUUCUUUUUUCUUUCUUUUUUGGGUAUUCAGCUAUAAUAAAGUUCAUUCAAUUUUGCCCCCUUCCA